AUGCUAUCAAAAUUCAUCUGGAAUUUUCCGCUACGGCCACUGCGAAGACUAUUUUCAUCGGCUGCAAUAGAAUUGCCCAAAGUGAACAAAGACGAUUUAAAUAAUGCGGUAAAGAAAAUUUAUUCCCAAUAUGUUAGCAUUCCAAUAGCAAUUGGCGAGGAAACCAUUUAUUCUGGUGAUGCUCAAAAUCUGCAAAUGCCACACAAUCAUCAGAGAAUAGCAGCAAAAUAUUACUACGCCACAAGGAGGCAUAUACAAAUGGCCAUAGAGCGGGCAAUGCAAGUACAAAAUGAAUGGGCCAAUACCGAUAUUCAAUAUCGAGCAAAUUGUUUUCGAACUGCAGCAAAGCUGCUCAGUGAACCUGGAAGGAGUGCGGAGCUAAUGACUUCCAUAAUGUUGGGGCAGGCAAAGACUCGCCCAGAAACUGAAAGGGAUUUUGGCCGCCUAAUUCGGAUGCUUCAUUCGACAGCUGAUUAUUUGAUACGAUUGUCCGAAGUGAAGCUUACAUCAACAACUGAAUGUUUGAUUCCACGGUUUGUUUUGAGACCCCUGGAUGGUUUUGUGGCAUGUACAGGGCCGAUAAAUACAACAUGGCGUGCUGCAUACUUGGCCGUGGGACCAUUAAUAAUGGGUAAUGUUGUGCUGUGGCGACCACCUAGGGCUUGUGUUCAUUCUGCCUAUAUCAUCUACAAAGCACUCAUAGAGGCUGGUAUUAUGCCUUUUGCUUUGCAAUUUUUACCCUCAAACUAUCGUUUAUUUCUGGAUACCGUCAUAAGAUCCCCUUCGUUGGGAGGUGUAAAUUAUGCUGGACGCCUGAAUACCCUACGCACAGUUUGGCAUGACAUUGCCAUACAAUUAAUUUAUUAUAAAUGUUUCCCACGGCUGGUGGGUGAGUGUGAUAGCAAGGGUUACCAUUUCGUGCACGAAUCGGCAGAUAUGGAAAAAGUUGUGGAUCUGACAAUCACUGCAGCAUUUAGCUAUUCCGGACAAAGGCCAAAUAGCUGUGCACGUCUUUAUGUCCCAGAUACGAAAUGGCCUGAAAUAAAAUACCAGCUAGAAAAUCGUGUCGGAUCCCUGAAAAUUGGCGAUCCCACAGAUGAAGAGAAUUUCUCCUCGGCAAUUAUUCGUGCCGAACUUUUCGAUAAUGUUGUUGAAUAUUUGAAUUAUGCCCACAGUACAAAGGAGAAUGACAUAAUUGUAGGUGGAAAUUUUAAUAAGUCUCAUGGUUAUUUUAUAGAACCAACGGUUGUGUUGUGUAAGGAUCCCCACGAUCGUCUUUUGGUAGAUAACAUUUUGGGACCUGUUCUAAGUGUUUAUGUUUAUGAGAGCAGUAAAUUGGACGAUGUUUUGAAGACUAUUGGAGAAACUCAAAAAUUUGGUGGUUGUGGUUCUAUAUUUGCCAAAGAUGAAGAUAUUUUACCAAAACUCCUAUCGAAACUUCGUAUGUCAGCUGGUAAUCUUUAUGUAAAUAAUCAAUGUACUGGUGGCAAUAUGAGUCAUUUGCCAUUAUCUGGUAAUCGUUUGUCGGGUACAAAUGAUAAAAACGGCUCGGCUUAUUAUUUACUGCGAUUUGCCGCUCCCCAAAUGAUUGAGGAAGCCAUUGGAGGAUAUAGUGAAUAA